AUGGAUGCGGCGGCAGCCACCCCCGCCCUCCGAAGGCGGCCGCUCUCGGUGCACAAGGAGAGCAAUGGCACGGCCGCCGCCGCCACCGGGGCGGUAGGGGCCAGGGUCAGUCGGGCGGGCCACGCCGAGGAGCUCGGUGAGCCCGUGAGCCCCUCCGCCCGGCUCGUGGAGGACUUCUACAUCGUCGUCGUGAUCGGGAUCGCCACCCCCGUGAACCUCGCCGCCGCACGCGCCGGCAUCGAGGCCCAGCUCGCGCGCUACCCGCACUUCCGCAGCAUCCAAGUGAAGGACGACGCGUCCAGUGAAGACGGCCACAGGCGGUGGGUGCCGACGACGGUGAACCUGGACGACCACAUCAUCUACCCGAAGCUGGACGCCGCGGCGGUGGCGCGCGACCCGGACAGGGCCGUGGAGGACUACGUGGGGACGCUGUCCACGCUGCCCAUGGACUACUGGUCCCGCCCGCUCUGGGAGUUCCACGUCCUCGACUUCCCCACCUCCGAGGCCGCCGCCACCACGGCGGUCCGCGUGCACCACUCGCUCGGCGACGGCAUGUCGCUGCUCACGCUCCUCAUGGCGUGCACCCGGAGCGCAGCCGACCCGACCAGGCUGCCCGCCAUGCCGCCGCCGCCCACCACGCGCACGGGCGCGAUCUGGGAGCGGCCGCGGCCGCCAGCGUCCGCGGGCGCACUGGCGUUCGCGGCGUGGGUGUGGUCCUUCGCCGUGCUGGCCUGGCACACCGUGGUCGACGUCGCGGCCUUCUUCGCCACGAUUCUCUUCCUGAGAGACCCGCACACGCUCUUCAAGCGGGUGAACCACGGGGAGCACCAGCGCAAGCGCCUCGUUCACCGCGGCCUCAGCCUAGACGACGUCAAGUUCGUCAAGAAUGUCAUGAACUGCACAGUGAACGAUGUGUUGGUUGGACUCACAUACGCUGCCUUAUCGCGAUACUACUUCCGGAAUACAGGUGACGCUGACAUUAAAAAGGAGAUCCGUGUGCGAUCAAUUCUACUUGUCAAUUUGAGGCCGACGACCAGCCUACAGGCAUGUGUUAACAUGAUAGAGUCCGGCAAGGAAAGUGACGUGAAAUGGGGGAAUGAACUUGGCUUCAUCAUCCUUCCUUUUCACAUCGCCUUGCACGAUGAUCCGUUACAAUAUGUCCGCAAGGCGAAGAAGGUUGUGGAUAGGAAAAAGAGUUCACUAGAAGUGGUGUUCACUCAUUUAGCUGCAGACGUUAUUCUCAAAAUCUUUGGACUCAAGGCAGCUAGAGCUACCUUCCAUCGUAUGAUAUCUCAGACAACCAUAUCGUUCUCCGGCAUGAUUGGUCCAGUUGAGCAGGUGGAGUUUUGUGGACAUCCAAUUGUCUUCAUCGCCCCUAGUGGCUAUGGACCUCCAGAAGCCCUAACCGUGAACUUCCAAAGUUAUGUUAACACUAUGAUGGUAAAUCUAGCAGUGGAUGAGGCACAAUUUCCAGAUUCUCAUGAGCUGCUGGAUGACUUUGUUGAAUCCCUCAGGCUAAUUAGAGCUGCAGCUUCAAGCCUUGGAAAGAAUCAAAGAAAUGAUUAA